AUGUCCCUAAAACCACCCCAUCUACUCCCACACCAACAACGACAACCAUCACCAUCACCACACAGCACUCAAGACUAUGACUUUGAGAUUACCAUCCGCUUCUCUGCCUCCCUCCCGGACCUCCUGCUAUCGAUCCCGGCGUCCCUCAACGCGAACGCCGCCACACUCAAGCAGCUCAUUCGGUCGCGCAUCCCGGAUGCAUAUGCCAAACAUCGCAUUCGCCUGAUCCAUUCGGGCAAAGCCUUGGUGGACGAUGUCCCGCUGACCAUAUCGUUGAAGAGAAACGUCUCCCGGCCCCCGAGCCGGAUUGGCACUCCCGGGCCAUACGAUGAGAGAUCCAAGGGCGCAGCGAGGGGGAAUGGUGCUACUGACGGCAAAGCAGACAAUGAUGUGAAAGGCAAACAACCCGUGCGGGAUCCGCCGUUGCAGUCGAGAAUCUACAUCCACUGCUCGAUAGGCGACGUUGUCCUCUCCGCCGCAGAGCUGGCAGCUGAAGCAGCGAUUGCCGCAGAAGCUCAGCCGACAGAGGGUCAAGAUGGGGAAGAAGACAACAAAGUGGCUGAUCCAAACCAGCAGACGGCAACGACAACCACACCAGCGCCGCGCGGCUUCGACCGUCUCCUCAACGCAGGUUUCAGCGCAGCGGAGGUGCAGUCUCUACGACUCCAGUUCCUCGCGAUCCAGGCGCACACGCACACCCCCGACACCAUGCCGUCACCCAACACGCUGAGGAACAUGGAAGACCGGUGGCUGGACAACUCCACGGGUGCGAAUGCCGAUCUGAGCGCAGAGGCUCCCGCCUCUGCGGGCACCACGGGCAUCGGCGAGGAGGACGCCCAGGCUGGCGCUCUGGAUGACAUUAUCUGGGGCACGGCCAUGGGCUUCUUCUGGCCCAUCGGCUGUCUGGUGUGGGGAGUGCGCGAGGAAGGCAUCUGGAGCCAGCGACGCAAAAUGGCUGUGAUUGUUGGGUUUCUUCUGAACAUCGCAUUGGGCAUGAUCAGGUAUACGGGUUGA